GUAAGGAUGUGUGUUAUAUAAAUCCACUGUGAGAUGGAUUGCUUGUCAGUGCAAAGAGAUAUCUUAUAACGUUGUGUAUAUUACAAUCAGUUGUUUUUUUUUGUGUACAGUUUUCGACUGAAUACAUCUUCAUUGUGAUCUAUAAUAAGUUAGGUGACAUGGGUUGUGUUGGAUGGCUGUCGUUUGAUGUCUAGGGGACUUCUGUAGGCUAACACUUGUAUUCCUUAAGCUAUUAUAGAGACAGCAACAGAGUAUUACACAGGCAAACAGAUCAUAUACAAGGUUGAUCUCUUCACGACCAAACUAUAUGACAGUAAAACUUCGUGAAUUAAUGUUUUAUCGGCAUCUGGACAUAAAGUCUUCCUCUUGCAAUAGUCGGGAAAAAUUGACAAUAUAUAGAGGUCUUCUUAUCUGAUUCAAUGGAUUCCAGUAUUUUUGUGAUCGUUGCUUUACAAUUAAUUCUACAAGAACAUGCUCUGGUUGGACAGAAAGUCACAUGUUCAAUGGACGGCUCCAUAGUGUCCACAGGAAGAUGUUAUAAGAAGUAUACGGAGGUCAUGAACUGGGAAACAGCCAAGGAGGCGUGUCAACUACUGAAUGGAUCUCUUGCAACCUUUGACUCAAAGACACAACUUCAGGACCUGGAUAUAGCAAUGCCCUUUUGGAUUGGCGCUAAUGACGUAGACAAAGAUGGCGUUUGGCUUUGGGCAAGUAAUAACGAAUCGGCCACCAGCUUACUGAAGGACUUGUGGGCCUUGGGUCAAGCACCAAGUACACCUCACGACUGCGCGGUGGUGAUGUACAUGAACUCAACAGUCAGCGUAGGAGGAAGUACCUGUACUAACCAACUUCAUUACAUCUGCAUGUGGCCAGCUCAGAAUGCGAGUGAUAGUUCGACCCUAGCAAGUAACUCAAUACUGUCAACACCUUAAAUCAAAUCAACGAAACAAGAUGAAACUACUAACGUGACGUUGGAUCAAAGUAAGAAACAUCUACACCGAAGUGGCUUAGGAAGACAUAGAUACUAUCUGAAAGCCCUUCCUUUCGAAAGGCAGAAGAGAAACCCAAGACUUUAUUUUUCUUCUAAUGCUGAGGUCAGAACAUGGUUGGCUUCUUGGAAAUCUCAGAUAUGAAAUCUAACCUUUGGAGCAACAGAGUCAUUAUUUAUUUUUUUAUUGUGAUGUUGGUAUGAUAGUGAAACAAUACAUAUAAUAUAUGGAGAGAGAGAAAAUAAGAGAGCAAAUGGGAGAGAUAGAAAGAGAGAGAGAGAGAAAGGGAGAGAGAAAGAAAGGGAAAGAGAAAGAAGGGGAGAGAGAGAGAGGGAGAGAGAAAUGGAGAGAGAGAAAAAAAAAGAGAAAGAAAGGGAGAGAGAGAAAGGGAGAAAGAAAGAAAAAGAGAAAAAGUAAGAAAGAGAAAGAGAAAGAAAGGGAGAGAGAGAAAGAGAAAGGGAGAGAGAAAAAGAAAGGAAGAAUGAAAGAAAGAGAGAGAGAGCUAGGGAGAGAGAAACGUGGAGAGAGAGAGAGAGAUAUUUUGUAAAUAAUUAAACAAUUGAUAAAAGCAUUUUAUAUUCUCCAUGCAAUUUUUUGUAUACAAAAUAUAAAGGAAUAAAUCUCAACUGUAAUAUGUCUGCUAUCUAAGAAUAUAUCUUUGUAUGUGCUUUAAUU